CCUGCCAAAGGAGGCGGGGUUGCAGGAGGAGAGUCCGCUCUGCGCAAUCCAGUCCGGGACUUGGCUCCGCCCCGGAGCGGCGGCCUCUCGAGUGACAGAGGAGUAGUGAGCCGCACGGGGUGAGGUUGCAGCCAACUCCGCUCCCCACGCACUCGGCUGUCCAGGCGCUCCGGACGCAGCAGCGGCGCUUCUCCGCGGGGCCGACCGCCCGCGAUGUCCGCUUAGGAGCGGCGGCAGCGGCCAGCAUUGCCACACCCGCGGCGUAGCGCUCCCAGCCGUGGAGCGGGGCUAGAGGGCGAACCCCUGCGCCAGCCCCCACCCCGCCCCCCCACCCUGAAAUGACUUGUUAAUCGGCGCAGACACUACCGAAGGGAUUGCCGGAGUGGAAUCCAAGUGGAAUUUGGAUUUGGAGAAGAGUUUCUUGAACAUUUACUCCUUUCUUGUUGGUUUCUUUCUUUCUUUCUUCCUCUCCCCUUCUCCGCCUGUCAUUGGAGAUGAAUACAGCGCGUUUGCAUCCCAGAAAGUAGUCGCCGCGACUGUUACCCCAAAGAGACAAGCACACAUGUAGGAAUGACAAAGGCUUGCGAAGGAGAGAGCGCAGCUCGCGGCCCGGAGAGAUCCCCUCGAUAAUGGAUUACUAAAUGGGAUACACGCUGUACCAGCCCGCUCCGAGCCCCGGCCGCCUGCCCGUCGAUGCACCGAAAAGGGUGAAGUAGAGAAAUAAAGUCUCCCCGCUGAACUACUAUGAGGUCAGAAGCCUUGCUGCUAUAUUUCACACUGCUACACUUUGCUGGGGCUGCUUUCCCAGAAGAUUCUGAGCCAAUCAGUAUUUCGCAUGGCAACUAUACAAAACAGUAUCCGGUGUUUGUGGGCCACAAGCCAGGACGGAACACCACACAGAGGCAUAGACUGGACAUCCAGAUGAUCAUGAUCAUGAACAGAACCCUCUACAUUGCUGCUAGGGACCAUAUUUAUACUGUUGAUAUAGACACCUCACACACAGAAGAAAUUUAUUGUAGCAAAAAACUGACAUGGAAAUCUAGACAGGCCGAUGUAGACACAUGCAGAAUGAAGGGAAAACAUAAGGAUGAGUGUCACAACUUUAUUAAAGUUCUUCUAAAGAAAAACGAUGAUACUUUGUUUGUCUGUGGAACUAAUGCCUUCAACCCUUCCUGCAGAAACUAUAAGAUGGAUACUUUGGAAGCUUUUGGGGAUGAAUUUAGUGGAAUGGCCAGAUGCCCUUACGAUGCCAAACAUGCCAACGUUGCACUGUUUGCAGACGGAAAACUGUACUCUGCUACAGUGACUGACUUCCUUGCCAUUGAUGCAGUCAUCUACCGGAGUCUCGGAGACAGCCCAACCCUACGGACCGUCAAGCAUGAUUCAAAAUGGUUGAAAGAACCGUAUUUUGUCCAAGCGGUAGACUAUGGAGACUACAUCUACUUCUUCUUUAGGGAAAUAGCAGUGGAGUACAACACCAUGGGAAAGGUAGUUUUCCCAAGAGUGGCUCAGGUUUGUAAGAAUGACAUGGGAGGGUCACAAAGAGUCCUGGAGAAACAGUGGACAUCCUUCCUUAAAGCUCGCCUGAACUGCUCAGUUCCAGGGGACUCUCAUUUUUAUUUCAACAUCCUCCAGGCCGUUACAGAUGUGAUUCGUAUUAAUGGCCGUGAUGUUGUCCUGGCAACCUUUUCCACACCUUAUAACAGCAUCCCUGGGUCUGCAGUGUGUGCCUAUGACAUGCAUGAUGUCGCCAUUGUUUUUACUGGGAGAUUCAAAGAACAGAAGUCUCCAGAUUCCACGUGGACACCAGUUCCUGAUGAACGAGUGCCUAAGCCUAGGCCAGGCUGCUGCGCUGGCUCAUCCUCCUUAGAAAAAUAUGCAACCUCCAAUGAAUUUCCUGACGAUACCCUGAAUUUCAUCAAAACGCACCCGCUCAUGGAUGAGGCCGUGCCCUCCAUCAUCAACAAGCCAUGGUUCCUGAGGACGAUGGUCAGAUACCGCCUGACCAAAAUUGCGGUGGACACCGCUGCUGGGCCAUAUCAGAAUCACACUGUGGUUUUCCUGGGAUCAGAGAAAGGAAUCAUCUUGAAGUUCUUGGCCAGGAUAGGAAACAGUGGUUUCCUAAAUGACAGCCUUUUCCUGGAGGAGAUGAGCGUCUACAACCCUGAAAAGUGCAGCUAUGAUGGAGUAGAAGACAAGAGGAUUAUGGGCAUGCAACUGGACAAAGCAAGCAGCUCUCUGUAUGUUGCAUUUUCCACUUGUGUGAUAAAGGUUCCCCUUGGCCGGUGUGAACGACAUGGGAAGUGCAAAAAAACCUGUAUCGCUUCCAGAGACCCCUACUGUGGGUGGGUAAAGGAAGGAGGUGCCUGUGCCCAUCUGUCACCUGGCAGUAGACUGACUUUUGAACAGGACAUAGAGCGUGGCAACACAGAUGGCCUGGGAGACUGUCACAAUUCCUUCGUGGCACUGAAUGGGCACUCCAGUUCCCUCCUGCCCAGCACCACCACGUCCAAUUCGGCGGCUCAAGAGGGGUAUGAGUCUAGGGGAGGAAUGCUGGACUGGAAGGAUUCACCUGACAGCACAGACUCUUUGGGGGCAGUGUCUUCCCAUAAUCACCAAGACAAGAAGGGAGUGAUUCGGGAGAGUUAUCUCAAAGGCCACGACCAGCUCGUUCCUGUCACCCUCCUGGCCAUUGCGGUCAUUCUGGCUUUUGUCAUGGGAGCCGUCUUCUCGGGCAUCAUCGUCUACUGCGUCUGUGAUCACCGUCGCAAAGACGUGUCCUCCGUGCACCGCAAGGAGAAGGAGCUCGCCCACUCGCGCCGCGGCUCCAUGAGCAGCGUCACCAAGCUCAGCGGCCUCUUUGGGGACACCCAGUCCAAAGACCCCAAGCCGGAGGCCAUCCUCACGCCACUCAUGCACAACGGCAAGCUCGCCACUCCCAGCAACACCGCUAAGAUGCUCAUCAAGGCUGACCAGCACCACCUGGACCUGGCCGCCCUGCCUACCCCAGAGUCCACCCCGACGCUGCAGCAGAAGCGCAAGCCCAACCGCGGCAGCCGCGAGUGGGAAAGGAACCAGAACCUCAUCAACGCCUGCACCAAGGACAUGCCCCCCAUGGGCUCCCCCGUGAUCCCCACCGACCUGCCCCUGCGGGCCUCCCCCAGCCACAUCCCCAGCGUGGUCGUGCUGCCCAUCACGCAGCAGGGCUACCAGCACGAGUACGUGGACCAGCCCAAAAUGAGCGAGGUGGCCCAGUUGGCACUGGAGGACCAGGCGGCCACCCUGGAAUAUAAGACCAUCAAGGAACAUCUCAGCAGCAAGAGUCCCAACCAUGGGGUGAACCUGGUGGAGAACCUGGACAGCCUGCCCCCCAAAGUCCCCCAGCGGGAGGCCUCCCUGGGUCCUCCCGGAGCCUCCCUGUCUCAGAACGGCCUGAGCAAGCGGCUGGAGAUGCACCACUCCUCGUCCUACGGGCUUGAUUAUAAGAGGAGCUACCCCACGAACUCGCUCACGAGAAGCCACCAGGCCGCCACGCUCAAAAGAAACAAUACUAACUCCUCCAAUUCCUCCCACCUCUCCAGAAACCAGAGCUUUGGCCGGGGAGACAACCCACCCCCCGCCCCGCAGAGGGUGGACUCCAUCCAGGUGCACAGCUCGCAGCCCUCGGGCCAGGCCGUGACUGUUUCGAGGCAGCCCAGCCUCAACGCCUACAACUCACUGACCCGGGCGGGGCUGAAGCGCACGCCCUCGCUAAAGCCGGACGUGCCCCCCAAACCUUCCUUUGCCCCCCUUUCCACCUCCAUGAAGCCCAACGAUGCGUGUACAUAAUCCCUGGGGGAGGGGUCAGGUGUCGAACCAGCAGGAAAGGCUAGGCGCCCGCUCAGCUCAGCAAGGUUCGCGGCUGCUGAGUACCCACCCGACCAAGACGGCCGCGGCGGCGCCCAGGACUCUGGGUCCUCCCCUGAGACGCGGGGGGCGGGGGGGGGCGCUCUUGAAAAUUGGGCCAAGCUGUUCGGUGAAGGUUCGCGACGCGGGACUCACCUCCAUUCUCUUCCUUCACUCUUCCCCCACGCCCUGCAACAGGUCGGACUCACGAAAGACUUCAAUCAGCAUCACAAACAUGAGCCAAAAGCACAUACGCACCCACCCACCCAGCCCCGCGUGUGCGCCUGCGCGCAAGUCUGCGCGCACGCGCACGUCACACACAUGCACACACACGCGCGUGAACGGCAAUUGCAACGUUGUGUCCAUGACUGCACCAAGCGCUGCCCAACUGGGCUAGCGUUCCAACCUGCAAAACACAGAUACAUUUUUAAAAAUCAUGACAAUUAAAAAGAAAAAAAAGAAUUCAUUGAUAAUUCUAACUCAGACGUUAACAAGGGCAGAAGUUUACUAUGCGCAGAUACUGUGAAAUGCCCACCAGUGUUACAGCUUUCUGUUAUAGCAGAUGAAUGCCAUGUUGGGCAACUAUGUCAUAAAUUUCUGCUCCUCUCUUUUAAUGAAAUAACCUGACCGUUAACGCAAGUAACUAUUUAUUUUUCACGCUUUUUUCCUUAAGGAAAGGACUCUCCACAUACCGUCCUCUGAACAGCUCUUCAGAAAGUCCUUUGACAGUUAAAACUAUUUAACGUGAAAUCCAUUAACUGGAAUAAUUGAGUUUAUUUUUACAAUAAAUUCACUGAGUAAGUAAGUUGCAGCUGGAAUCCUGAGCUUGUGUUUGGACUGAUAUCUAGCUAAAGGAAAAACUUAAGAGGGGAAUAUUUAUUUAAAUCUACCAGUUAAAUUUGCUGGUCAGGUCCCUGGCUUAUAACAUGCAAAAGAGUAAUUAGUUUAAAAGUCCUUCCAGAUCCUAACUUCUAAAGCAACCAGGAGAGGAACUUUUAGAAUGGAACAUCGCGUCCCAUUGCUGCCAACAUGGCUUUGUCAGUGGUUCCUACUUUCUGUGAAGGCACCAGCUUGUGAUACGCCAUCUCAUUUCACUUUGCAUGUGAGACAGAAAACAAAAUCCACCAACCGUGUGAACUAAUUAAUAUGCUGGCUGCUACCUUGCAUCAAUUAAUGGUUUGAUCACACAGGUUUUUCGUGGGGUUACAUCUGUGAAUAGCCUGUUUUCCACAUGUAAAUUUGUGCCUUACACCCUGAGUUGUGUACACUUGCAAACUGUCAUUAUGAUCAACUUUUCCCCCUUUUGAAAUAAAUGCAGAUAUUUAUUUAACCCUCCCUCCCCCCACCCCCAGUCCAGCCCUCUGGAAGAUUAGCGUCCAGCAGAUGGAAGAACAAUGCAGUGGUGAUGGUUACAAUCCUGCAGCCUGGGAAAGCUGGGCGACACCACACCCUCCGAUUCACGCAUUCUUCUGGUCGUGCCAACUCCAACCACCCUUUGGCCAUGCUGCCAAGCGUGGACCCCAGUGUUGUGGGUGGCAAAUCUCCUUUCUUCCUCCAGAGCUCCCUGCUUCCCUUGUAUUCUCAGAUCAUUUCAAAAUGAUGAUAUCCUCAUUAGCCAGCAGAAAAGGGACUAACAUCCCAGUCCUCAUUCCUGCUGUGUCCACUGCCUGGAGAACACAGCAGUGAGGUUGGGCAAGCACCUGGGUGGAGUCUCCAAGCCAUGUGCGCAGCACACAGGUGCAAUGCUCACAAAGAAAUGACAUGGAAAUAGAUGCAGGCAGGCUGGUCCCUGCUGUGAUUAAUGAGUAACUCCAAGUACAAGGCCAACAACAAUGGAUGCUACAAAAACGUUGACUGGGGCAAAAGGUUUUUAAUUUUUUUAAAUUUCUUUAUCCUUUUGCGGGUAUUGUUUGUAGGGGGAGGGGGUCGGGCGUGUGUUUUUCCCCUUGGUUUUCAUUAGCUCAAGCACACACAAGGGACUUUUGUUUACUCUUAUCACGAACAAAAGAAUUGUCAACAUACUGUAAACUGUGAGCAUUGUUGGUUGUUAUCGGUUUUUUAAAAACAGCUAAACAGUAUAUUUAGUGGUCUCUUUGUCUCUUUUUCAUUUCCAGUUUGAUCUUCUGGGUUUAGUAUUGUCUUAAAAAGAAAACUUUCUAGAAAAGACAGUUGGGGAUAAUUUUGAAUUGGCUGUGAAAAGUGGUACCUCCGUAAACAGAGUGAGACCUGGGCGUGUCGCAAGGGCACGUGCACAGCCUUUUAUUCCAAACACCCCUUGCAGUUUUGCUGUUGUUCGGGAUAGGUUUUUGUUAUUUUUGUGUUAUGUUUUUGUUUUGUUUGUUUUGUUAGUGGAAUCAAUGUUCACAUCCCGUGAACUCUGUACCCUGAAACCAUGAAACUUUGCUAGGAACAGAGAUGUUGUCUUCUUCCUUCUAUUUUCUUUAGAAAUGUGGAACUUAGGAAGGUGUGGGUAUGUAUCACCCUGCUACCCUCUCCCCCAAGCUUCACUCCCAGGAGUACUGAGGUGCAACACCUGCUCUCUCGUCCCCAUGUGCGGGCAUCAAUGCCUCAGCUGUGUUACAGAGUCCCGUGUCAAACUUCCACCCCAGUCCCUGUAUCCCACAACCCAUCACUUGUGGUGUUAACCCUGAAAUGCCCACAGGUAUUGAGCUGGUCUUCUGCAUUUAAGUAUUUUCCCUUUUUCUUUUGCUCCCCACAGCGUGUGGGGAGAGGGUCCAUAAACCUGAGUGUGCCUUUGCUUUCCACCCUUGCUAGACACUGGUAGAUGCAACCAACUCAGAUUUAUAUUUGUUGUAAAGUUGUAAAAAAUAUUGUGAUGUCACCAAUUUUCCUUCCAUCUCCACACCCCCUAACAUCUGAUUCACGACUUAAUGUAUGUUGUAAAAAAGAAAAAAAAGAAGGGAAAAAAAGACAAAAAGGCAAGGAAAAGGCUCUUUAUUACUUAAAAGUAAUAAAGCAAGACUGUUCUACAUUC